AUGGUUGAUUAUGGAUUUCUUUUUGUGUGGGAAACACUCUUCAUAUGGAGUACUUGUGGUUCUGUUUUUCAAAGCUUCUUCAGAAUGACUUGGACAAAGUGAAAGAUCAUUGGAAUGAUCACAAGAUUUCCAAGUCUCCAUACAGUUCUGUUCAUGGGGUACCAGAUGUUAUAAACUUUCUACCAGAAUAUCAUAGACAUGAAGAAUGUUUAG